AUGGAAGACAGCAUCCAGCAGGUUAGUUCAUUCCCUCCUCCCCCAAUUCAUUAUAUCAACCACUACACAGACAAAAACAUAGCCGAUGGCUUAGCUCUUCCUCCGCCUCCACCAGUUCAAGGGCAUUACAGCAUGUUCGGUGUCGGAUAUUCAACGGACGAUCCGAUUAUCCAGUCGCUGGAGUCUCAGAACGUACGACGUCUUUUUCAGAUCGGUCCCAAUUUCGAUCGAAAGGUUGAAAUGAAGAAACUUAAUCACAGCAUUCUGGCAAAUUUUUUGGAUUUACUCGAGAUUCUUGUUCGUUGUCCAUCUUCACCUGAACGCGAGAGGAAAAUUGAGGAUUUGCAGUUACUCUUCAUCAACAUGCACCACUUGAUCAACGAGUACAGACCUCAUCAAGCAAGAGAAACGCUUAAGUUGAUGUUGGAAGUUCAGGGUCAAGAGCGGCGCAUCGUCGUUAAGCGUUUCGUUGCACAGUUUGAUGCCGUCUACCGCAAUUUGCAGCAGUGUUUGAACGAUAUACCUGCUAGUUGUGCUGGCGCUACAUCCAGAGAUGCUGAACUGUCCAAGUUUCUCAAUGACCUUCCUUACGACCGUGACAUGUUUUCGGAACGACUUGUCUAUCAGCAGUCUCCUCGGCGAUGUUUCGCCUGUGACGAAUGUGGCAAAAGUUUUCGUUCCAUUGAAGAGCUCGUUUUUCACGUUGAGAAUUGUGUCCUUGAUUCUUUGGAAAUGACCGCUAGCACUGUGCUGAACGAAUCCAACGGCCUAGGAAAAGACGAAACGGAUAAACCAAAUGGUGACGAAAGUAGUUCAGAUGUUCAGGCUGGCAAUGACAUUUUCAAGUCUCAGUCAUCAGGCAAAAACGACCAUUCUACAACUGGGAACGUUGAUGGAUAUUCUUAUGAAGAGCCCUCAAGCUAUAUGCCCGGUCGUGAAGAUACGUCGACCAGUCAUUCGUACUUUGGCGGAAAUAACCGUGAGGCUGGACAGGUCACGUUAGCUAACCCUCCAAAUUACGAUGACGAAGACAUUGAACCACCUCCUUUGCUGGAAUUGGCCGAACCCCCUGUCAAGAAGUAUAGACGAUCAUUUCCAGUGGGCGAGGAUGGAAAACAGAUAAGACCUAAGAUGGAAUGUCCAACCUGCGGUCUGGUGUUGUAUCGACAUAACUUCAGCACGCAUUAUCGUAUACACACCGGCGAGCUACCGUUUCAGUGCUCUUUUUGCGACAAGCGUUUUCGCACCAGUUCUGCUCUUACCGUUCACACGCGGUGCCAUACAGGCGAGAAGCCGUACACAUGCACCCAUUGCGACUAUUCGUGUAUCACAAAAAGGAAUCUAGAUCGUCACGUGAUUAACAAUCAUGUAAAACGCAGCAGGCGUGCGAUGCUGCGUGGAGGUCAUCAGUCCUUCAUGCGCACUCGUCUUCCUCAGCCUCGUAUCGGUUGUACAGAUGUCGGUAUGAUGCCCACUAAUUCGGUAGAAGCACAGACCGAGUCUCUGGAUGACAACGUUGUUAUCGUCGCGGCAGCUGCUGACAGAAUCGACAUGAUGGACGGCCAGAUGCUUCAAGUCGGGUCAGUGGAAGAGAGCGAAGUGAGAGACAACGAUGGCAAUGGUCCCAUAGUUUUCCAAACUGUACAUCAGAUGGGCACAGAGGGGGAUGAAGAAGAAACCACAGUGAGAUCUAAUAACAUGGCUGUUGAACGACCGCCACCUAUGGGUUCGAUGCAGCAGUUGCGAUUGUCGUAA